AUGGCCUCACCAGCGGCGGCGAGGUCGCCGGCACCAUCCGUCGCUACUCCACUCUCACGCCUCUCAACCUUCAAAAACCCCGUUUCCACCACCGCUUCCUCCGCACUCGAUUCCUUAGCCUCCGAUCCCAUCUUCUCCGCAUUUCUUUCCCCUUCCUUCUCCUCAACCACCUUCUCCGCUGCCGCACUCUCCUCCGGAUCCCCUGCCUCAACAGCCGAGAAACUCCACCAUGCCAUCGGCCUCCUUGAGAAUCAGCUCCGUUCCGAAGUCCUCUCCCGUCACGACGAACUCCUCUCUCAGCUCUCAUCCCUCCACCACGCUGAUCACGCUCUCUCAACACUACGAUCCGCUCUUUCUUCCCUUCAAUCCUCCCUCCGCCGCCUCCGAUCCGAACUCUCCGAUCCACACCGUUCCAUCGCUUCCAAAACCGUGCAGCUCUCCAACCUCCACCGGACCACGGAACUCCUCCAACACUCCGUCCGUGCACUCCGCCUCUCGAAGAAGCUUCGAGAUCUCAUGGCUGUUGAGUCUGACAAGCUCGAUCUCGCUAAGGCUGCACAAUUCUACUCGGAGAUCAUCAGCCUGUGCAACGAAUACGACCUAACUGGAAUCGACGUUGUUGAUGAAGAGCUUCGUUGGGUGAGGGAAAGUGGAGAUCUGUUGAGGAACGAAGCAAUGAAGGUUCUAGAAAGAGGAAUGGAAGGGCUGAAUCAAGCAGAAGUUGGUACUGGCUUGCAGGUUUUCUACAAUCUUGGUGAAUUGAAGGUUACCGUGGAGCAAGUGAUCAACAAGUAUAAGGGAAUGGGUACGAAGAGUGUGAGUGUGGCAUUGGAUAUGAAGGCAAUUACUGGAUCGAGUGCAAGCGGGUUUGGACCCGGUGGAAUUAGGGGUACUGGAACCCCUCAGAUUGGAGGAGGAGCUAAGGCUAAAGAAGCUCUGUGGCAGAGAUUGGGGAAUUGUAUGGAUCAAUUGCAUUCCCUUACUGUGGCAGUGUGGCAUUUGCAGAGGGUGCUUUCAAAAAAGCGCGAUCCUUUUACCCAUGUUUUGUUGCUUGAUGAAGUCAUUCAGGAAGGUGAUCCUAUGUUAACGGAUCGAGUCUGGGAGGCCAUUGCAAAAGCUUUUGCAAGCCAAAUGAAAUCUGCUUUCACUGCUUCAAGUUUUGUUAAAGAGAUUUUUACGAUGGGAUAUCCAAAGCUAUACUCGAUGAUAGAAAAUCUCCUCGAAAGAAUUUCACGCGACACAGAUGUCAAAGGAGUGUUACCAGCCAUUAAUUCAGCUGGAAAAGAGCAGAUAGUUUCAGCUGUCGAAAUAUUCCAGUCUGCAUUUUUGGGUCACUGCUUAAGUCGACUUUCAGAUCUAGUGAAUAGUGUAUUUCCAAUGUCCAGUCGUGGAAGUGUUCCCUCCAGGGAACAAAUAUCAAGAAUAACAACGCGCAUUCAGGAAGAGAUAGAAGCUGUUCAGAUGGAUGCACGCCUAACUCUUCUUGUUUUGCGUGAAAUUGGCAAGAUUUUGCUUCUUUUUGCUGAGCGAGCUGAAUACCAGAUAUCCACUGGUCCAGAAUCACGUCAAGUAAAUGGCCCUGCCACACCUGCACAGCUCAAGAACUUUACAUUGUGUCAACAUCUGCAAGAUGUUCAUUCACGGAUAUCAACCAUGCUUAAAGGAAUGCCCAGUAUUGCUGCAGAUGUGCUGUCUGCUUCACUGGGUGCAGUAUAUGGCGUUGCAUGUGACUCAGUGACGCCUUUAUUCCAGUCAAUGCUCGAUCGUCUUGAGUCUUGUAUAUUGCAAAUACAUGAUCAUAAUUUUGGAAUGCUUGGAAUGGAUGCUGCUAUGGACAAUAAUGCAUCACCCUACAUGGAGGAGCUCCAGAAAUGUAUUCUUCACUUCCGCAGUGAGUUUCUAUCUAAGUUGUUGCCUUCCAGAAAAACUGCAACACCGGGAAUUGAAAACAUAUGCACCAGGCUUGUCCAGAGUAUGGCUUCCCGCGUUCUGGUAUUCUUCAUUCGGCAUGCCUCUCUUGUCAGACCACUUUCAGAAUCAGGGAAAUUGAGAAUGGCUAGGGAUAUGGCUGAAUUAGAGUUAGCUGUGGGUCAAAAUUUGUUCCCUGUUGAGCAACUUGGUUCCCCAUAUAGAGCACUUAGAGCAUUUCGUCCACUUGUAUUCUUGGAAACUUCCCAGCUUGCAUCAUCUCCCCUUCUUCAAGAUCUGCCACCAAAUGUUAUACUUCAUCAUCUGUAUACCCGAGGUCCUGAAGAAUUGCAGUCACCUCUACAAAGAAACAAGCUGACUCCAUUGCAGUAUUCAUUGUGGCUUGAUUCACAAGGGGAGGAUCAAAUAUGGAAGGGCAUCAAAGCAACACUUGAUGAUUAUGCUACAAAUGUGAGGAGUAGAAGAGAUAAGGAGUUUAGCCCUGUUUAUCCUCUUAUGAUUCAAUUGGGUUCAUCGUUGACUGAAAAGACUAAGGCUUCCUCAAACUCUUGA